AUGGAGGACCUGCGGGGGAUGCACACGACGCUCAAGACUUCCCUCAGAACGACACCCACGCCGACAGUGCUCUCCUCCAUCGCCGAAGAUGCCCAAGCCAAGAUCCAAGCCUUCCUCGCCCGCCAGACGACGACCUUCCGACCGACCGACAGCGAGAUCCGCAUACAGCGCAAUGAUUCAACCAUCAAUGGUGUCAUGAUCGGGCUGCUGAGCUCCUUUGGGAGCGCCAUCCUGAUCGCCCUCAUUUUCUUCAUCGUCUACUUCUUCAGAUAUACAAGCAGCGGUCGCAUUUUCCUGGAUCGGAUUGGGAGGCCGGGAGAGUAUGACGAUGAGCAGGCAUAUGCUAGGGAGGAGGCGGAGGCACUCGAGGAGAUGGAUGAUCUACAACGGACUGAGUAUCUGAGGGCAAAAGCGUUCAUUCAAGCAAAUCCCCCAGACUCGUUACCGACCGACAUCUCGUUAUCACAGUAUCUUGCGAUUCAAGAAAAAGGCGUCUCAGCAUGGGAGUUUGAACCAGAAUUAGAAAUUGCGAAUUGUUUCGUAGAAGGGAGGACGGAGAUUGAGUUCUUUGAUUCGGAAUGCUCGACACUGACGAACUUGCCGAUACCGAAGCAGAAUGAGGUUUAUUAUUGGGAGUCGAAGAUUUAUGAUAAGCCGGAAACGACUCUCAUCAGUAUAGGUGUUGCUACAAAGCCUUACCCGCUCUUUCGGCUACCAGGAUGGCACAAAUACUCCGUUGCUUACACAUCCACUGGACACCGAAGAUAUAACCAACCUUUCAGCGGACCAACCUAUGGACCCCAGUUCGUGCAAGGAGAUGUCAUCGGAGUUGGAUAUCGACCUCGAACAGGCACAAUAUUCUUCACACGGAACGGCAAGAAGUUAGAAGAUGUUGCCCAUGGCCUCAAAUCCCAGAACCUCUUCCCUGCAGUCGGUGCAAACGGCCCCUGUACGGUGCAUGUGAACUUUGGGCAAUCGGGAUUCGUCUUUAUUGAAGCAAAUGUUAAGAAGUGGGGCCUUGCACCCAUGACCGGAAGUCUUGCCCCACCACCUCCAUAUGGUAGUGAACAAGGGAGCAUUCUGCUUGAAGCUGGACGAGAAGGAGCCCAGAGCAGUCAGGGAAAUUACUCGGAUGCGAGGCAUGGACGAACGAGGAGUGGAAAUUUCAGACAUGGGCCUCCAACCAGUCCUGGGCCUGUCCGUUCUCCAACAGACAUCUCCCUCGCCCACCUUACACAUAUCCCUUCGCACGACGAGCCUGGAGAGCCGAGUACAGCAUCAGCAGCAGGCAGUGGUCCCGAAGCAGCAGUUACCACAGUUUCAACUGUCGGACUUGGUGUAUCCGAGGCUCCCCCUGAGUAUACAAGCCCUCAUCAAUCAAAUGCCAACAGCCCUCGAGGGAGUGUCGACAGCGACAGGGCUCCCUUAAUAAGGCGGCAGAGUACCCCGCCGCCGAUACCUAGCUACAACGAUACUGUAGCUGAGGACAGAGCAAGAGCAAGGGCUCAAAGCCAAAGUCAGAGCCAUCGAGAUCGAAGUAAUAGUCAUCGAGCGCAAGAUGGAACAUCUGGAUCUAGAUCAUGA